AAUUCCGGUGUUUUUUCACAAUCUUUCGGGUUACGAUGCGCAUUUCAUUAUCGAACAGAUUGCCAACGGUUUCGAGGGUAAAGUGGAAUUGUUACCGUUGACCAAAGAAACGUACAUUUCGUUUACGAAACACGUUCAGGGAACGUCGUCGGGAAAGGGACACAAUUGUGUGAAGCUGCGAUUUGUAGACUCGUGUAAGUUUUUAAGCGCCAGUCUCGCGCAAUUGGUGUCGUAUCUGAAUAAGAACGAACUGCGAAUAACACGGUCAGCGUUCUCGAAUCUCAACGACGACGAUUUCGAGAUGCUCACGCGCAAGGGUGUGUUUCCUUAUGAGUACGUCGAUAGCGUCGAUCGGUUACGCGAGACAGAAUUACCGCCCCGCGAGGCCUUUUACAGUUCGUUGACUGGCGAGAACAUCAGCGAUAACGACUACGAGCAUGCGGUCACUGUGUGGCGACGUUUCCGCAUCGGUAAUCUUGGCGAGUAUAGUGACUUAUAUUUAAAAACGGACGUUUUACUGUUGGCCGAUGUGUUUGAGAAUUUUCGCGACAAAUGCAUGCGGAGUUACGAUUUGGAUCCCGCUCAUUAUUACACGUUACCAGGGUACACGUGGGAUGCGAUGCUAAAAUACACAGGUGUGCGAUUCGAACUGCUGACUGACAUUGAUAUGCUCCUUUUUGUGGAACGCGGUGUACGCGGUGGUCUGAGUCAGUGCUCUCACAGAUACGCGCGAGCCAACAAUAAGUAUCUUCCGUCGCACGAUCCGUUAGAAGCAUCGACGUAUCUUAUGUACUAUGACGUAAAUAAUUUGUACGGAUGGGCUAUGCGUGAAUCAUUGCCGUACGCGCAGUUUCAAUGGGUCGAUGACACCAAUGCGGAAAGUCUAGAUGUAAUGGCUGUGACUGCAGAUUCCGAUAUCGGUUACAUUCUUGAGGUGGAUCUUUCGUAUCCGCGCGAACUCCACGAGGCUCACGCGGAUCUUCCAUUUUGUCCGUUGCGCGCUGCACCUCCAGGCAAGGUCACCGACAAACUAUUAGCGACGCUUUACGAUAAGUCGCGUUACGUUAUACACUAUCGCAAUUUGCAGCAAUGUUUGCGUCAUGGGAUGCAUUUACUUAAAGUUCAUCGCGUUUUACGAUUUGCACAAGCGCCGUGGCUGCGCGGAUACAUCGAAUUGAAUACGAGGUUUAGAAUCUGUGCGAAUAAUGAAUUCGAGAGAACUAUGUAUAAGCUUAUGAAUAACGCGGUGUACGGUAAGACCAUGGAAAAUGUGCGCGAGCACGUUGACGUGCGUCUUGUGACGUGUUGGGAUGGACGGUAUGGCGCAGAAGCGCUAAUUUCUAGGCCGAAUUUUCACAGUAGAAGCGUGUUUUCCGAAGAUCUGAUGGCCGUUGAGUUACGAAAACUCGAAGUGAUGCUCAACAAACCGAUAUACGUUGGCAUGGCCAUCUUGGAGAUA